AUGGAGUGUCUUUCGACAGGCCUUCGACGCUCGUUGAAGAGAUCCAGCUCUCAGUCUCCUUUUUUUUCUCUUGCAUCGCGUCCUUCCUUUACCUCAUACACACAAUAUGUCCUGCUUCCGACACCCCGGCGCAUGAAAUCCCACCAGUCCAAUGACAAGUUUGAUGCACAAAAUACUCCAGUCUCCGUAGAGGAAACUGCCGGUCCUCCUCAGGCCCAUCCACUGACAGGAUACUACUCUUUAAUCCUGAAAUCGCCCUCGCCAUACGGUGGUCGUGCGAAGACAUCGCGACCGACUCCGACCCCGGUUCGGCCCGAAAAAAAACCGACGCCUGCAACGACUGUUGAACCGCAAACCCCUCAAGAAAAGAUGGCGAUUGUCUUUGGUACACGCCUUGCGGGCCCAGGCCGAUCUUCGCGCUACAAUCCCGGUGAAGCACCCCCGGAGUCGACUUGGAAAACGGUCAAUGGAGUCCCUAUUCCUCCUCAGCCCGAGGAACCAGACAAUUGCUGCAUGAGUGGCUGUGUACACUGUGUCUGGGAUGAUUUCCGAGAUGAAAUGGAAGAUUGGGCCUCUAGGGUCGCAAAGGCCCAGGCCAAGGGUGGUCCUGAGAAGGGGACAGAAGACAUGCGUGCGGCGCCCAGAGCUGAAGUUCGUUCGGCCAGUGGAAGUAUGGACGAUGAUGGUGGCGGCAGUGAAACGAAUUGGUCUAUGCCGAAGCAAGACGACGAUCUGUUUUCCAACAUCCCGGUUGGCAUCCGCGAGUUCAUGAAAACAGAGAAAAGGUUGCGGGUGAAGCACCAGAAGGAGGCAACGCCAUGA